CCAAAAUUCGAGUUUGACGCUUUUAAAAAUGACAUCCUAAAACAUUUGCUGCCUGAAAGAGAAGUGAAAAAGAACUAAAAGUCGGGUAGUAUUAGUCUAAGGAAAUGAGCAUCAAACAGAGUCUGGCCCUCCAGCUGGCGGAGGCGCAGCUGACCAAGCUGACUAGCGAUUCGGAGGAGAUUCGUCUGCGCGCGCUCGACCAGAUUGAGACUAGGUUCAUCCGGUGCCUGCAACUGGGCGAACCCAUCCAGUUCAAGCCGGUGCUGCUGCUGAAACAGCUCAUCCGCUGGUUCGGGUACACACCUCCACUGGUCCCCGAUCGUGUGCUGGCCAUGAUUAUGGAACUGCUCCGAUCCGAGUACGCCCCGGCGGUGAUUCGCAAGAUUCCCUACGAACGUCUCAAGACCGAGUUGGAGAAGGUGCGCCGCGUGCUACGCAAUCUGGAGUCCAAGCGGAUUUGCGAAUUGCUGGACGAUCUGAGCCUGCUGCUCCUCGAGAAGUACAAAAUAGACCUGGUGACGCCGAGCGCCUCCAGCCUUAGUUCCAUUAACAUCACCAGUCAGGAAACUGAUUCGGCAGCCAUCAGCUCGAACCAGAUGUACGCCAACCUGAAGCCAGAAGAUUACGAGCCCGCCUGGUCGCGUCCGGGCCCGGACGAUGUGGCCACCAUGAAGAGCAUGAUCGAUUUGCCACGAAAUGGCGUCACCAAUGCUCUCGAGCUGCACGUGCAGCUCACCCAUCUGAUCAUCCGGAUGGGCGACUACCCAGUUGAGUACUUUCUGCAGUCACCGUUCAUAUUCUUGCACCUGGUUCAGUUGCAAAUGAGAAAAGACGGCUGCUUGCUACAGGUGAACCGGGCACUAAUUGCCUGGUUGAGACAGCUGCAGCAACGCAUCUUGCUGCGCCGAAAUACUCUAAGCUACGCGGCCAGCUUCGAUCCUCCUACACGCCCUAAGCAACUGAAGGUAGGAAGCGCCUUGGAAAUACUGCUAGACAAUUGCACCACUCUGAUUAGUCCGAUACUGCUCAGCUGCACAAGCGACAACUGGCACAUUAUGGAGCUGACUGUGGAAGUUGUCCGGACCUAUGAUGUUCUCAGCUCAAAAGUUUCUUCCGUGGGCACUGCGCGGAUCGCGGACAUCGUUAAGAAGCUGCUGGCGUACUGUAACAGUGUAGAAGGCAGCAACAUGACCCAGCUGCUGAACUCGCUGAGGAUUCCCCGCCUGCAAUCGCUGAUCUUUAACGGCCUGCUACACGAUACGAUGGCCUUAAAUAUUACUUAUGACGCAAACCUGGACCGACGCUACGCCAAAUCGCUGAUCCAACCUAUUGUUUUGGACAGCGCUUACCUGUCUUGCAUGCCCGAGCGCAUGAAGUCGCUAAGCAGUCUGAUUUCGUCUUUGUCUUCUGAACCAUCAGCAGACGAGCAGCAGUUGAUCAAGCUGAAGCGGGCUUAUAGCGUAGCCCUCAACCAACUAAACCAAAAUACGAAAGUGACUGGAUCGCUGCUAAUCCAGAAGCACAGACAGGUGUGCCUUGUAAUCGUCCAACUGGGCAGUGAGACAUUAAUAAAGCAGCUCUUCAACGCUAUCGUAGAGUGCACUUCCUUUUACGCGGACAAUACGAAGCUAAGAAAUGAUGCGGAGGUGCUGCUUUACACCCUCAUUGAUUUACCUGAUUACAAGCUUCGUACAUUGGUAUACCAUUUAAUGCUACGAUCCAACGUGGCCCACUUUCAAUCUCUUAUGAACAAGACAGACUAUGUGACGGGGUGCAACAGUGCGGAUCUGGUCCGUCAGCACAUCUUAGGCGUGCCAGUAAACGACCAGAUGUUACGCAGGGUGAUACUUCAGAGUUGGGAGACAGAGGCAUCGGAACACAUGCAGCAGUGGUGCAUCGACUUUCCCAUAAUGAUUAUCAAGGUAAUCUCUAUGCUACCUGCGCAGGACUUCAUCACCGCUUUCCAGCUGGUUCUCCCCGUGCUGCCCUUGCUGAUCUGCAGGUCGGUUACCAACAAGCCAUUGCACAACGUAUUAUGGUAUUUGUUCGAGCCAGACACCAGUCGUUUGGAUCCACCAUUGAUGCUGCGCGGGUACGUUUUCUUCAUGUUCCACCCGAUUAUCAAGAUUAGGAGCGAGGCCACCACUAGUAUCGCUUACGUGAUGCAAUGUCAGGACAACGCGAACAGAUAUAAGCCCACCGCAAACGACGUUCCGAUUGAGCAGCUUGCCAACGAUCUCUGCCUGAUUCAGCCGCCAGUCAGUUAUAAAAGCAUUUUCAUCGAAUGCUCUGAUGAACAGUUUCAAGGUCAGCGCAGCUUGGAUGCCCUGAUCCGAUUGCUCCAGGCCAAGGACAUAAAGCCAAAUAUCCGAAAGUCAACGAUGACUCAAUUGAAUGUCUUGCUCCAAAACUGGAGAGCUUGUGAAGACUUUUCGACAAAGGAUGAUGGAUAUGGACUCAUUUUGGAGACGCUGCACAACGCUCUGAAGAAAGACAGCGAUAGUAAUCCUACAGACAUUCUGCUGCCCACCGUAAGUAUCCUGAUGAAGCUUCUGUUCUAUGACGCCGGAUUCCGAAAAAAAGUUGCGAACACCUUUGAAGUAUACAUGUGCCUGCUUAGGGCCUUAUUCACGCUCCCCUAUGAGGCACAGUUGCGCCAGGAUGUCAGUCUAUGCCUGUUCCAAAUGCUAUUCCACAAUUUUAUCACCUCCACUGAGGACAAACUGGUGUUGGAUGUGGAUUUUGGCCCAAUGAUUUUGCCUGUCACCUAUGAAGUGGAAGCCAAAGUCGUACCCACUGCUGCUACCGAAGGAUUGGCCUUGCAGCAAAAGCUGGAGGACACCCAUUUCGGGGGAGACAAGGUGAGAGCUGCACAGCAUUGGCGAUUGUAUACGGCCUAUCGCGUUUGCCAGGGCCCAUCCAGAAUUACUUUAUCGUCUGUGCAAGCUGUGGACAUCAGGGAGUCCCUUAAGAUAAAAAUGCCUGACUUGGCAUUAGUAAGAGCCUCUGACUUGGACGAGCAGCUGGGUUACCAGCUUGUAGUAGCCGAGAACUGCAGCAAUCACGAGGAUCUGCAACAAAUCGUGACUCUUAUUCAGCUAUUUCUCGUGGUUCUGCGAAACUCAAUAAGUGAGGCGGUGGCCGAGAACUUGUGGAAGGUAAUCCAUAAGUACAUCCGCGUGGCGCCGGGCAACGAAGCGGAUGGCGAGCUUUACAAGUCGCUGCUGGACCUGUGCGUAACAUGCAUUCGCCUCUGCCAGCCGCAAGUUAUGGCAGGACUAAACUACGCUCUUGAAACUGAUCAUCAUCACAGCUUCCACUUACUCCUGCACGAUCGCCUCAUCUCGCUUGAUAAGCUGUACCUGAUCAGCCAGUGCCUGAUGCAGUUGCUCAUCAACGAGCUCAGUGAUGCCCCGAUGAACUGGCAUGGCAAGUUCUUUAUGCAGCUGAGUGCCUUGGCCAAGACGCACUUUGAAUUGCGCCAACUGCAGCACGUUCGCUGCAUGCUUCGCAUCCUGCGGUUGCUAAGCGAGCGGGAUCUGAAACUUAGUGAUCUUCAAUUGACCAACUACUCUCAGCAUUUCAUCCAGUUGUCCAGCAAUUUGCGGACCUCAACGCAAACCGGGGCAGAGUGGCAGCGGGACUGCUUGUACAUUAUCUGUCAGCUCCAGAUGCAUCUACUAUAUCAGCAACCCAAGGCCACCACCAAGGCCAGUAUAACGAGCGAAGUCGGAGCUUCGCAUAAGGUCGUGCGUUAUUUCUUAACACUGUGCGGGCACGGCGACAGUGAAGUGCGUGCAUUGUCCUGGGUGUCGAUGGCCAAUUGGAUUACUAGCUGUGGCUCAGAGAUAGUAAAUAUUCUGCCUCGCCUGGACUUUCUUCCUGGCGGACUGCCAGCUUGCUGUUUAACCACGUUGAUGGAUGUCCACGAACAGAUGCUAGUCAGGGAAUUGGCCGGACGAGUAUUUGUCAUGCUGAUGCCGAUCAUUGGUGCUGAAAGUAGCUUCGAGUUGUUGCGAAAUCAUGACUUCCUGAAAACCGCCUACAACUCGAUUAAAGCAAUUCACGAUACUCCCUGGAUGUUCGAGGAGGCAGUUGGAGAGCGGCAUUCGUGUGAAGUAAUUAGCUGCUAUGUUGCCAUAUGCACCAAGAUGGUGGCCCUUAACCCUGAGUGGUGUGCCACGCUGUGCGGGCACAGCUUCAUGACUGGUCUCAGUGAUGUGAUGAAAACACUCCAGUCCCAGGUCCCCUGUUCGAUACCCCUUGUGGAACUGUGUGCAUCACAAAUUUGUGAGUUGUACUCGAUGUUCUACAGUGAUAACUUUGAGUUCCUUCAGAGAACCAUCUGUCGGGACUCCGUGUUCAUGCAGAAUUAUCUAACGCUGAUAAACGAUGUGCUGAAUUUGGAAUGUCCUGAAUAUAUGGUGAUUCCACUAUUUAAGAUGUUUCUGAUAUUCUGUACAGACUCGAAUUCGAACUCAUUUCUUAUCGACCAGAUAAAGAAUCAGCCAUCCUUAUUUAUGGAUUUCUUCUUGUUUGGACUGCAUGUGAUACUUAUAGAUUCGUCAUUUCAGCGCUUUACACUCUCGACUCUAGCGCUUGUGUUCAUCAAAGCGCAAACAGCUGCGGAUAAUAAAAGCAUGCUAAGAGAGUUGGAGCAGUACGAGUUGCCAUACAACGAUCUACCUACUGAUAAGGAAGAUUUUGGAAUGAAUAACAAACACGAAUUAGUUUCCAACAAGAAGCAAGUUAAAUCGCCAUGCAUGCAGAAUGACUCGAACUACUCGGAGGGUGAUAAGCAGAGUCCAAACCAUGCGUCCCAGACCAUCAAUGCGGCUAUCCUAAUCUACCAUCGCUUGGACCAACUCUUUGACCGGUAUUAUCUAUCCAAGAGCUUUAACUUUUUGGAAACCCCUGUAGUGGGUCAGGUGCAGGUUUGUGAAGCACUUGGUGGAUUGCUCAAGGUCUCACCCUGGGCCUUGAAAGCAUCCGGACAACUGAAGCUACUGGACCGCGUGGUGCACAUUCUGGACAAUUUUCUCAAUGACGAAAAAAUUGGAAACGCCGCCGUCUAUGUGAAGCGAGUGGGUGCCCACAAGGCGCAAAGUAUCCUAAGUAAUCUCUUGGUACUGAUUAACAUGUUAUCCCACUGGCAUAGUUCGCCGAAUUCUGUGAUCACCCAGUCGAGUAUGGCCACGAAAAUGGUCAGAAUCAUCAUCCGCAUUUGGCCUUGGUUAUCGCACUCGCAGCACUUGAAGAAGAUUACCGUCCAGCUGAUUAUGUUCCUUACGGAACACUCCUUCGAAAUGUGUAAACAGAUUUCGCUGCUGCAAUCAGGACAUGCCCAAUCCCUGCUACAUCUAAUGGCUCGCGUUGCUGACUUCGAAACCACCAAGAAGGAGAACCCAAACAAAGAGCCGAGUCUGAAUAUGGUUCCCGCUUUGAGAGUAAUGGGAAACUGCUGUUCCUGCGCCGAGGGUCGACUGAGUUUGUCCAAAAUGAAUUUGCUGGAUAUGUUUGACACAAUCCUUCCUGCAAGUCAAUCCUGCACGCAUGGCACCAAAGUGCGACCACCUGUAUUGAUUGCAUGGCUCGGAUUCUGGGAGGUGUUUUCCCGGUACGACGUGGGAGGUAAAGCUUGCCAUCUUCAAUCCCUUAUAAACACCGUUCGGCGUACUCCGCCAUUGAACCAGAAGCGGAUCCUGUGUCUUCGUAUACUUCGCAACAUGUGCUUCUUCAAUGGCAAUCGCAACCAGCUCGUGGAGCUUGCUGACUUUAUCAACCUGCUUCGCGAUAUUUUGGAACUGAAAGUCCAAAAAGAACCCAGUUCGGAAGAUAAAGAAUUGAAUUCCUUCGAAGAGCACCGCCUAGCUGUCCUCAUGCUGUGGAAACUUUUCGGCUUUGGUGCCAAAUAUAAGGGUAUGCUACGCGGCACCAAGCUCUUUAAACUGCUGAUUGGCCUCCGAGUGGAGUUGUCGGUGGUUUACUCGCAGAAAAUGAAUAAAUACACAGGCAUUCCCUAUGCGAAAGAUCUCGCCGAAUUGCUGGAGAAGCUGAUGGAGUCGAUGCGACAAUGAUCGCGGACGGACUCAUACUGAUCAAGUACAAAUUGAUAGGAUAGCUAUAACAGAAUUGUUUUUUUUUUCUUUAUAAUAUGAAUUUUUGUAAUGGACGUUUAACUAGACUGUGAAAUGAGAAUUGUAACUUUUUAUGUCGAAAUGUACAACCGCUUAAUUUUGUUGUAAGAAGCGAAUAAGAAUUUUAAGUUUGCACCAUGUCCUUAAAUAAAAAAAAAAAAAAAUAAACAUCUCAACCUAUAACUGAUUA